UUCCUCUCGUCUCUAGAUGUUAAUAUUCAGCAUGCCUGGAGUACAGAGACGAGUUUGGCUGAAUGACCAGAAAAGAAGGGAGAAGAUGAUCUGCAGGAUCCUGCUGCUCAUCAUCCUCAACUCAUGUCUCUGUGCAGCAACAUUUGUAGUGAAUGUGACACAGAGCUCCUAUCAGGCAGAGGAGAACCACAGCAUCACUCUGGAGUGGACCUUCACCACCACACCUGAUGGACCCUGGAGAGAUCUGUUCAUCUACUGCAGCUUGUUAACUCCUAGGAAAGAAUCAGUCCUUUAUCAGGUCCAUGAUGGUGUUGAGGUGUCAGAGUCUCAGGAUGAACAGUUUUCAGGACGAGUCCAGAGUGACAAAGACGUCCUCAGAGAAGGACGAAUCAGACUCCAUGUGUCCAGACUGAGGACUGAAGACUCUGGAGAGUAUUACUGUUUUGUGGAGACUGAGGAUAGUUAUGGUUCUGACAGAUGUCAACUCAACGUCUUUGAAGCAAAGAAUCGACCUGAACCUCCAAACUCAGGAAGUGCAACAAGCAGACCUGAACCUCCAAACUCAGGAAGUCCAACAAGCAGACCUGGAAACCCGAUCAGAACCAUUGGAGGACUGCUGCUGUUUCUAUCUGUGAAGCUUUUUCUGCUUUAAUAUUUGCUUCAUGCAGAGUUUUCAUUGCAGUCGCUGAUUCCAGCAAAUCAUUGAAUGUUU